AUGAAUCUUAUCGUGAAGCUUCGGAGAAGUUUUCGAACAUUGAUCGUUCUCUUAGCUACCUUUUGCUUGGUAAGCAUCGUCAUUUCUGCCUAUUUCCUCUACUCUGGCUACAAACAGGAAAUGACACUUAUCGAAACCACUGCAGAAGCAGAAUGUGCUGACAUUAAAAUUCUCCCCUACCGGUCAAUGGAGCUGAAGACAGUUAAACCUAUCGAUACAUCCAAAACAGACCCUACCGUCCUCCUCUUUGUAGAGAGUCAGUAUUCUCAGCUGGGUCAAGAUAUCAUAGCUAUUCUGGAGUCCAGCCGUUUUCAGUACCACAUGGUUAUUGCCCCCGGGAAGGGAGACAUACCUCCCCUUACAGCUAAUGGCAAAGGGAAGUAUACCUUAGUUAUUUAUGAAAAUAUUCUCAAGUAUGUCAGCAUGGACUCAUGGAAUCGAGAGCUUUUGGAAAAAUACUGUGUGGAAUACAGUGUUAGUAUAAUCGGUUUUCAUAAAGCCAAUGAGAACAGCUUACCAAGUAUACAAUUAAAAGGCUUUCCAUUAAGUCUUUUCAAUAAUCUAGCUCUAAAGGACUGUUUCGUCAAUGCGCAGUCUCCUUUGCUGCAUAUUACCAAAGCUCCCAAGGUUGAGAAAGGCCCUCUUCCUGGGGAAGACUGGACUAUUUUCCAAUACAAUCAUUCCACCUACCAGCCUGUGCUUUUAACUGAAUUACAGACAGAAAAAUCCCUCUCACCCAUGUCCGGCAAAAGACUCUAUGCCACGGUAAUUCAGGAUCUGGGGCUUCAUGAUGGGAUUCAGCGAGUUCUUUUUGGCAACAACUUGAACUUUUGGCUGCACAAGCUCAUCUUCAUCGAUGCCGUCUCCUUCUUAUCAGGGAAGAGGCUGACACUGUCCUUGGACAGGUACAUCCUCGUGGACAUUGAUGACAUAUUUGUGGGAAAGGAGGGGACGAGGAUGAACACCAAUGAUGUGAAGGCAUUACUAGAGACUCAAAAUUUACUGCGCACUCAGGUUGCAAAUUUUACCUUCAACCUUGGAUUUUCAGGGAAGUUUUACCACACAGGGACUGAGGAGGAAGAUGCAGGCGAUGACCUGCUGCUCAGGUCUGUGGACGAGUUCUGGUGGUUCCCUCACAUGUGGAGCCACAUGCAGCCCCACCUCUUCCACAACGAGUCCUCCUUGGUGGAGCAGAUGAUUCUCAACAAGGAAUUCGCACUGGAACAUGGGAUACCAAUCAACAUGGGCUAUGCUGUGGCCCCGCACCACUCGGGGGUCUACCCUGUUCAUAUGCAGCUGUACACAGCCUGGAAGAAGGUCUGGGGAAUUCAGGUCACCAGCACUGAAGAAUACCCACAUCUGAAACCUGCCCGAUACCGGAAGGGCUUCAUUCACAACAGCAUCAUGGUCCUCCCACGGCAGACCUGUGGGUUGUUCACCCAUACUAUUUUCUACAAAGAGUACCCAGGAGGACCCCAAGAAUUGGACAAAAGUAUCAGAGGAGGUGAACUUUUCCUCACAAUCCUUCUAAACCCGAUCAGCAUUUUCAUGACCCAUUUAUCGAAUUAUGGAAAUGACCGCCUAGGGUUAUAUACCUUCGUGAACUUGGCCAACUUUGUGCAGAGCUGGACCAACCUGAAAUUGCAAACUCUUCCUCCAAUGCAGCUGGCCCGCAAGUACUUUGAGCUGUUCCCUGAACAGAAAGACCCUCUGUGGCAGAAUCCAUGUGAUGAUAAACGGCACAAAGACAUUUGGUCCAGAGAGAAAACUUGUGAUCAUUUACCAAAAUUUCUUGUAAUUGGACCGCAAAAAACAGGAACAACCGCACUUUAUUUAUUUCUUCUUAUGCAUCCUUCCAUCAUCAGCAACCUUCCCAGUCCAAAAACAUUUGAAGAGGUUCAAUUCUUCAAUGGAAACAAUUAUCACAAGGGAAUAGACUGGUAUAUGGACUUUUUCCCUAUUCCAUCUAACAUCACAAGUGAUUUUCUGUUUGAAAAGAGUGCUAAUUACUUCCAUUCGGAAGAAGCUCCUAAGCGAGCUGCAUCGCUCAUCCCCAAAGCGAAGAUCAUUACCAUCCUUAUCGACCCCUCUGACAGGGCAUACUCGUGGUACCAGCACCAGCGGUCACAUGAAGAUCCAGCUGCCCUGAGGUUUAAUUUCUAUGAAGUUAUUACAACAGGCCAUUGGGCCCCAUCUGACUUGAAAACUUUGCAGAGGAGAUGUCUAGUUCCUGGGUGGUAUGCAGUCCACAUAGAAAGGUGGCUUGCUUACUUUGCUACUUCUCAGUUGCUAAUUAUUGAUGGACAGCAGCUGAGAUCUGACCCAGCUACUGUAAUGGAUGAAGUCCAGAAGUUUCUGGGAGUUACGCCUCAUUAUAAUUACUCUGAAGCACUAACGUUUGAUCCCCAGAAAGGUUUUUGGUGUCAACUACUAGAAGGAGGAAAGACGAAGUGCCUUGGAAAAAGCAAAGGCCGAAAAUAUCCACCCAUGGAUCCAGAGUCUAGGACUUUCCUCUCUAACUACUACCGAGAUCAUAAUGUGGAACUGUCCAAACUACUGCAUAGACUGGGCCAGCCCUUGCCGUCAUGGCUGAGACAGGAGCUACAGAAAGUGAGAUAGCACCGGAGACAAGAAUCGAGGCUCUCAAGAUGCUUUCGCUAUUACCCAGGAAAAACAAAUCCCACAACAUUUAUCUCCUUGACGCACUUGUGAUUGUCAUCAGAGGACUGUGUGAAUAAAUUUCCUCCGAUCUUUUUCAUAAAAUGAAACUGUUAUAUAUGCACGUGCCGGCAACGAUUAGCAUCAAUCCCUGUGUAAGCUUUUGGGAAAUAAUGUCAUUAUUCAGUUUCUAGUGUGGGGAUCAUAACACACCCCAGUUCUUCUUGUUAACCACAAGUUUUCAGAAAUUCUGUGUAUGACUGAUAACCCUGAUUAUAUAAAAGUGACCAAUUAAAAUUUUGAAGAAAAGAUCAGGAUUGCACUAUCUGUAAAUUAGGUUAAUUAAUCUGAAUUAAUGACUGACCUUUUCCCCCAUCAAUUUAAUAAUCUCGCUUUUAUUAUGAAAAGUUAUAUACAAUUCCAUACUCUUAUUUUUGGACAAUUAUCAUUUAUUCUAUUUAGCCCACCUACAUUUUUCUCUGUUGCUUAUUGUUUUUAUAAACCUUGACUUUCUGAAGAGGUCGUGAACAUAUACUCAAGUUUUGGUGUGACCCCUUGUAAGAAGGAAUUAUCUAAAGUCUCCAAUCACUGAUACUACUCAUUUAUCUGUCAAAGGAUGCUAUUCUCAGUGAAUUUGGCCUUAGGAUUCCAACAAAAUCUGUUAGUUUGGGGGAAAAGGAAAGAAUGUGCAACUAUGCCUACUACUACUAUUAUAUGUGAGGCCGUCUUUUCAAUGGGUCUGGAGCUUUCCACGCUAUUAAUCCUCAUAGUUUCACCCUGACAAUGAUGUAGUAUUUCUAUAUUUUUCCACUUUCCAAGGUAGACAAAAGUCUUUAUUGCUAAACUAUGGGAUGAAAACACCAAAAUGUGUUUGCAGAUAUAGUGAGGCAUUGUGCCUUUAUGUAACAGAUGUCAAUCUUUUUAAAGCAUGGAGUUUUCAUAUAUGCCAGUACAUCUACUAUUGUAUUAUAGAAGAUGAUGUUUUUAAUGCCUAUUUAAAAAAUAAAUAUAAUCUACAACUUACUUCUUCAAACAUCACUAAAUCACUCAGUUAAAGCCAAUUUCCCUUUCACACCAUUCAAUAAUUAAUUUCUGGAAAAAUGAUGUUCUUUCUGUCUUACGGUUAUAGGUUCUCCUUUAUUUGGAGGCUAUUGUCAUUGCAUUUUUAGCCCAUUCAUCAAUGAUGUUAAUUUUUUCAGUGAUACACAAGGUAAAAUUGUAAUAGAACAGUAAAUCAAAUUGACUUACAUUAUAUUUACCCAUCAAUCCAUACUUCCUCCUGAGUAAUUUUUUAUAGACUCUAGAUAAUGCUACUUUUCCCUGAAUUUUGAGAAAUUAUGUUUGACCUAACUCAAUAGGAAGCUGAAGACCUUUCGUUUUGUUUGUUUGUCUUUGUUUUCUUAAGCAGGCAAAUCAAAUUUGGGUCUUCUAAAGAAGAAUCAGGGUUUUAUCAGAUUUUAUUUCAUAGUUCAUCUUGAUGUUUAUUCUAAAUUUUACUUUUUAGUUUUCCUGUGUUCUCAGCACAUUUGGGAGCUUUUGAGCUUUUCCAGAAAAUGUGAAUUUUUCCUUAGUCAUGAGUCAAUGAAAACCACUACUUUUCUUAUUUCCUGAUUAACUGUGGGACUCAACUUCUCGACCUUGUGACUUGGGUGAACGUGUGUUUAAGCAUUCCAGAAAGCACACUAACAUCACAGUAAUCCUGUAUUUAGAUCUCUGGUAUUUGCUACAUUUGUUCCUCAAUUUUCUCCUGUUUAUAUUUUAAUUCUUUCUUUCCAGAAAUAGAGAUUAACUUGUUUUCCCCAUGUGGAGUAAAAGAGAUAUUUAUAGAACAAAGAGGAAGAGAUUUUUCUUAUCAAGUAAAAUUCAUGUAACUCAAAUUCCCCAACUCAUUGCCAUACUUUUAAGGAAGUAACUCAUUUUUUUUUUUUUGCAUUUUCUCAUGUGUUCUUAAAUAGUAUACAGAAUUAUUUACCUGCUCCAAAAUAUCUGACAGCAAAAUAUUUUCUUACUCUUCUCCCUCAUUACUUCAAAUAGUAUGUGCAUUUUUCUCAUUAAAUUUGAUAAUGAAGACAACAAAAUAAAUUCUAACUAUAUAACUUAUCUCCAUGUCACAAUAAACUACUUAUAAGGACUCUGAGCUAUAAGAUUAUAAGAAAUUAGAAAAAAAAUUAGUUUUAAGGAUAUCUGAUAUUUUAUAUUUUAAUUUUCACUCACUGGUUACUUCAGAAUUAUAGUGUAAGAUUUAAUAUAUAAUAUGUGACUCUUGAAAAUUUUAAAUAAAUUAAAUCUCUAGAACUUAAAUGACAUUCUUUGUUUUAAACUUUAAGGGAAUUUUUAAACUCAUUAAGUAAGGUAGUUUCUUC